AUGAGGUCCCGGCCGCGAGCUCCGCUUCCCAGCGCGGCGAAAGGCUGCAGCGAGUUUUUCACGCCUGGCGCCGGCUCUCCAUCUUCCGCCCCUGAGGCAGCCCGCCCGGGGCUCGGCGCUUUCGACUUGCGGCUUUUAAAGGGGGAGAAAACUCUUUUUUUCCCCCCCUUGCAGCCAGAGGAACUGAUGUCAAAAUGCCUCGCCCUAGUAGCAGCUCCCGCUACUCCGCCUUUCUUGGCUGUGGCUGCGGCGGCCACACGCGGCCCUCUCGGCUCGGCAGCGGAGGGCGGAGCGACGGAGCCGCGUCGCCUGGUUCCGUCUUCCUCCCUUGCUCUCCUCUCUCCCUUCUUCCCGAAUAAAACGGGGCUUCGCGUUGAGAUCAGCCCGAAGGCGAAUAAGAGAAAUCAAAGCGAAAUCUCGCCGCGAAACUUUUUAUUGCUCUCCGACGUUGCACUGCCUUGGGUUCCGGCUAUUUCGCGCGGGCUACCGAAUUCGCCUCAAAACCAGGAGCAGAAAGGAACACAGAAUACUCCAAAAAGAACUGUUUUGCAAUCACACAGUACAACCACUACACUCUACUGCUCCUUUACUAAUCAACCUAAUGAAGAAAAGUUUGUAGGCAAAAUUUUGCCUUCUUUAUUAUUGCUUACAAAUGGGAAUAUUAACCUCAUGGUAGACCAGUGACCAAGUUUCCAUGAAGUCAAUAUUCUCAUUAGAAGAAACAGCCCAUUCCAGUGAAGUAACCAAUUCCUCUACAGAAAAUAGCUGUAGAGGUGCAGCACCUGGAAGGAAAAAGGAUCCUGCUAUGGACCAGUUGGAUUCCUGCGAAUUGCUGAUCUAGUAAAGCUCUUCCAUAUGUAACUAGAAUGUCUACAUGGCAUGUCUUUUGCUGGCAUAAGGUGGAAAACCCUAGUUUGACAUCAGAACCCUUAGUCUCAUUUCAGCUGGUCUCAGAAGCACUUGAUGAGAAGCUCUAGUGUGAGGACACAGCUUGACAAAUGGUAAUGGGGUUACUUUACAGUACAACAACCAGAACAUGUAGAAUAACCUGUUAUUUCAGAAGAAAUCCAGUCCUAGUCAGCAGAUGUGCAUUAAAUCCCACAUAAGUAGCACUAAUUUUUUUUUAAAUUUUCAAAUGUAAAGAUUUGUGUACUGUUGGAAUGACGUUGAAUUGUACAAGCAUCAUGGAUGUAUUUUUGUUACAGAUGUAUUUGUAUUAGUAUUUUAAUAUUUUAAAUUUUAAUAAAGUUUUUUGAAAAUU